CAUACUUUUAGAUAACUUUACCAAUUGGCAUCCCUACUAAAUUUAACCAGUGUGACCGCAGCUUUGCUGGUAUAUCUUAGCGGUGACACUCUGGCCACACUCCACAUUUCACAUAAAAAUUUCGGGACGGAAGUCGCCGGACACGAAAUCGAUAGACCCUUAGGAAAGCGAACCACAAACCGACGAUGCUCCGAUCCCGACUCAUCCAGGCGGCCAGCUCCGCCCAGCGAGCGUUCUCCACCAGCCAGAAGGCGCUGGCGGCCAAGCAGAUGACCGUGCGGGAUGCCCUCAACAGUGCUUUGGACGAGGAGUUGGCCCGCGACGACCGAGUCUUCAUCCUGGGCGAGGAGGUGGCCCAGUACGAUGGUGCCUACAAGGUAUCCCGUGGACUGUGGAAGAAGUAUGGCGACAAGCGCGUCAUCGACACGCCAAUCACAGAGAUGGGCUUCGCCGGCAUCGCCGUUGGAGCUGCCAUGGCCGGUCUGCGACCUGUGUGCGAGUUCAUGACCUGGAACUUCUCCAUGCAGGCCAUCGAUCACAUUAUCAACUCGGCCGCCAAGACCUUCUACAUGUCCGCUGGUGCCGUAAACGUGCCGAUUGUGUUCCGUGGCCCGAAUGGAGCCGCUUCCGGAGUGGCCGCCCAGCACUCGCAGUGCUUCGCCGCCUGGUACGCCCACUGCCCCGGCCUGAAGGUCAUCUCGCCAUACGAUUCCGAGGAUGCCCGUGGCCUGCUGAAGGCCGCUAUCCGUGAUCCCGAUCCAGUGGUGUUCCUGGAGAACGAGCUGGUCUACGGUACCGCUUUCCCUGUGGCCGACAACGUGUCCGAUAAGGACUUCGUGGUGCCCAUCGGCAAGGCGAAGAUCAUGCGGCCGGGCAAGGACAUCACCCUUGUGGCGCAUUCCAAGGCGGUGGAGACAUCGCUGCUGGCGGCUGCAGAGCUGGCCAAGAAGGGUAUUGAGGCCGAGGUCAUCAACCUGCGCUCCAUUCGUCCACUGGACACGGCUACCAUCUUCGCCUCCGUUCGAAAGACCCACCACUUGGUCACCGUGGAGAACGGCUGGCCACAGCACGGCGUUGGAGCUGAGAUCUGCGCCCGCAUUAUGGAGGACCAGACCUUCUUCGAGCUGGACGCCCCCGUGUGGCGUUGCGCUGGAGUGGAUGUGCCCAUGCCAUACGCCAAGACGUUGGAGGCGCACGCCCUGCCCCGAGUGCAGGAUCUGGUGGAGGCGACCCUCAAGGUUCUGGGCGGCAAGGCGGGCAAGGCCGUGGCCGCCGCCAAGUAGGGAUUUACGUCUAGCCGCACGAUUAGUACCCCGAACUAACUAAAUUUACAGUCCUCGUCGAAACGCUGCCUCUGGUCUAACCGAGCUGCCCCAAACUAGUGCACCGAACAGGAAAUUGAAUGAUUUGGAAAUUAAGCAGCACCGCUAAUGGGUUUUGUUUCUUUUUCGAACGUUCUAGUUUAAUUAUUUGGUUAUAGAAAUCUCUUGUGAAAAUAAACGAAAACAUUUAAAUACGCUAAAA